AUGGCUAGCAUCAUUGCGCGCAUGGGUAAUAGCCGGCGGCAGAACGCACCCUUGCCGCCCUGGGCCCAUUCUAUGCUGAGGUCCCUGGGGAGAAGCCUCGGCCCUUUAAUGGCCAGCGUGGCAGAGAGAAAUAUGAAGUUGUUCUCGGGGAGGGUGGUGCCAGCCCAGGGGGAAGAAACCUUUGAAAACUGGCUCAUCCAAGUCAAUGGGGCCCUGCCGGAUUGGAAUAUGUCUGAGGAGGAGAAGCUCAAGCGCUUGCUGAAAACACUUCGAGGCCCCGCCAGGGAGGUCAUGCUUUUGCUGCAGGCGGCCAACCCCAAUCUGAGUGUGGCCGAUUUCUUGCGUGCCAUGAAAUUGGUGUUUGGAGAAUCGGAAAGCAGUGUGUCGGCUCACGGUAAAUUUUUUAACACCCUGCAGGCGCAAGGGGAGAAAGCCUCCCUUUAUGUGAUCCGUUUAGAGGUGCAGCUCCAGAAUGCUAUUCAGGCGGGGAUCAUAGCUCAGAAAGAUGCAAACCAGUCCCGCCUGCACCAGCUCCUUUUAGGGGCCGAGCUGAACGGGGACCUGCGCUUUAGGCUGAAGCAUCUUCUCAGGAUGUAUGCAAAUGAGCAGGAGCGCCUCCCCAGUUUCCUCGAGUUGAUCAAGAUGGUCAGGGAGGAAGAGGAUUGGGAUGACACUUUCCUUAAACAGAAACGGCCCAAAAGAUCCGAGUCACUGGUGGAGAGGGCCACCAGCCUGAUGGCAUUUCAGGGCUCCCCGCAGAUAGUGGUCGGCAGUCCCGACUGCAACGUGAUAGAGAUAGAUGAUGCCCUCGAUGACUCAGAUGAGGAUGUGAUCCUGGUGGAGUCGCAGGACCCUCCACUGUCAUUCACGGCUUCUCCGCUCCCCAGACGCAGGGCCAGACCUCGGGACCAAGUGCUAGUCAUCGAUUCCCCUAGCAGUUCCCGGGCUCAGUCUCCUUCCACCAGCGGGGGUUCUGGGCAUAAGAAUGAUGGUUCUAGGCACCUGCGUAGAACCAGGAAGCGAAAACACACAAUCCGCUGCUCCUACUGCGGCGAGGAGGGCCACUCAAAGGAAACCUGUGACAAUGACAGCAGCCGGGCCCAGGUGUUUGAGAAUCUGAUCAUCACCCUGCAGGAGCUGACCCAUACAGAGGAGGAGGGACCCAGAGAGGCCCCUGGCCAACAAGAUGACCCUUCUGAGCUGCAGUGA